CGACAGAAAUCCGUUUGUAAAUUAACAAGAGAAUUAAGAACCAAGAUCAAGACAAAGAAGGUCUGCGAGUCAAUGUAUAAUAACAACAGGGAGAAAAUAAAUAAAAUUUUAACUCGUUUUAUUCAAACCUAAUCAUUAGGUUAUCCAUUUUGUUGAAGACCACGUAAUAACAGUCGUGACUUGAAUGCCACAAAAAAAUAUUCAAAUGGCAUAAUUCUGCUAUUAUAAAAUGAUUCGCGACAACAUCUACGCCAAGAGUCAUCGCCGAACAUUCGCGACAAUAUUGUGCGUGUUAUUUUGUUUCUUCAAAAAAAAAAAAAAAAAUCCUCUUUGCACAUUUCGAUAAUGUUUUCAAAAUUCAUAGUUCAUGUGUCAAUUAUUUUACAAGUACUUUAUGUUUCACACGUUCAUACGGCAUUCGUCAGUCAACCUUAUAAUAAAAAUGACCUUCAAUUGAAUAACUAUGAGCCUGACAUUGAACCUUACGAUGAUUCCGGACAAACGGAGAAGCCAAUUUUUAAUUAUCGGAAAAAUGGAUUUCGAGUGGACGUUCGAAUUGUUUCGCCAUUGAAUAAUAAUACAAUUAUGAUGAAGGAGAGUUUAGACGAUCAUUUUCCCAAGUUUCCUGUCAAGGAAAUUGGACUAUGUAUUAUUGAUCUUUCAAUGACUUGUGUACAGAGGCGAGUCGUUCGAUUUCUCGAUGUGAUUAAACAAUUAAAGGAGAUUACACUUUUUGGUCAAACGGUGAAAAUGGUGAGGACUAAAGUGGCCAAACCAGUGGAAAGUAAUCGAAAUUUACUUCUUGAUGGACUCAAGGAAAAAAUUGACCGAAGUAUUGACGAAUUUUUCGAGACAUUCGUAUUACGAAUUACAUUGCCCAAAUGGAAUGGAAAAAAUAAUCAAAUUAAUCUCAUGUUCGAUGAUACUGAUGUCGAAGGACGUGGUAAGCAGAAAAAAGGUGGUGGCAAAUGCAAAAAAAUGAUGAUGUGCAUGAUGAUGAUGGUGAAGAUGAAGCUAAUGGCAAUGGGCGGAAUGAUGGCAAUGAAAGGAAUGCUCUUUUCCGGAAUGUCAAUUAUGAUGAUAAAGGCAAUGUUGAUACAGAAAUUGAUGAGCCUCAAAGGUGGUGGUGGUGGUGGAUGGAAUAUGGGCGGCGGUGGUUGGAAUAUGGGUGGAGGUGGUUGGAAUAACGACGGAGGACACGGAGGAGGUCAAUAUAAGGAAGUAGUUUUAUUAACAAAAAGUAACAGCGAUGGAGGUGGUGGCUGUGGAGGUGGAGGACAUGGAAGUAGUUGUUCAUCACACGGGCAGGAUAGUUAUUCUGCCCCACCAUCAAGUAGUUAUGGAGCACCAUCAUCUGGAGGUGGAUAUUCAUCUGGAGGUGGUGGUGGUUGGGGCCGAAGUUUCAAUAACAAUCCACUAGCCAUAAAUUUCAAUAAUCCACAACAAUUAAAUAACGAACCUUUAAUUGGCAAAUCAUUAAACAAUUACAUUUACAAUAUAAAUACAAAUAACACCGAUAAAGAUGAUGAGUAUGUUAAUUUGAACUCUUCUUUUGUUAAGAAUGAGGAAAAAAAUAUGAUUACCUCCAACAAUAGUAAGAUUUUUAAAGAAAAUCAUCAAAAUGACAAUUUAAAUUUUAAAACUAUUAAAAAUAAUCAUCGUGAGACAUUUAAUGAAAAUACACAAAAUAAUACAUUAAAUUUUAAAAAUCUUCAACCCGUUUAUGUUAAGGAUUGGAGGAAUUAUAAUUCUUCGACUAUUCGAAAUAUUUUGUAUCCAAAUGCUUUGAGUACUCGGGAAAAGAAGACGAAAAUUUAAAUUGUAAAUAAUUAUUUAGUUUUGUAGUAUUUAAUUCUAAUUUAUUUAUUUAACUUUUAUUUAUUUAUUUUAUUUAAAUGUAUUAUGUUUAUUAAAUUUAAAUUUAUCUAUUUUUAUAUUAAUUUCUAA